GGAGGAAGAUUUUACUUUAUGGAGCAUGUAAAAGGUAUGUGUUAUAUGUACGGAAAUAUAUGCACCGAAGGCAAAAGGAUGAAAUUUAGCAGUCGUCCUUCAUUAAUACUAAGUAUCCGUUCUUACGUGUGUUGUUGGCGAGUUGUGAGAUAUAGACAGCAACACCUGCACACGUAAAAAUGCACAAAUUGUUACAAGUCUGCAAACAAGUUGUUACAAAUCUGUUCACAAGCUGUCGACAAGUCGUGUUCGCACUGCUUGUUCCCAGUUGUUGUAACAAGCUUGAUGGCAUUAUCAGAUUUAUUACAAGGUUGUUCUAACAAGUCUGAUGCAGUCAUGAUGUAACAAGAAUGUUACAAGAUUGACGAUACAAGGUUGUAACAAUAUUGUUAUAUCAUGACUGUAUCGAACUUGUUGGAACAACCUUGCAACAAGUCUGAUAACAUCAACAAGGUUGUUGCAACUGUUAACAAGUUCCAAACUUGUUGACAAUUUGGGGCAAGCAAUGCGAACACAACUUGUUGACGGCUUGUUGGCAAAUUUGAUACAAGAUGUGACAUUUGUACGCGUGUAGAGUUGCACACAUAAAAAUAUCACAACUUCAACAAGAUGUGUUCGAAAAAGGCGUGUUUUAUAACAACAAGUUGUAACAAUGUUGUUAUUUCAUCAAGUUGCCACAACGUUGUCACUCGCAACUUGUUGAAAAAUUGUUGAAUUGCAGGGCGAUAACAAGUUGUUGGAACAACUUGCAACAAGUCUGUUGAGCUCAACAACCUUGUAGCAAGUUGUCAACAAGCUGGGAACAAGCAGUGCGAACACAUCCUGUUGACAAGUUGUUGGAACAGCAUUGCUACAAGUCUGCUGCAGGUUUGUUACAACUUGUGCGUUUUUACGUGUAUAGAUUAAACGCAUCUGAUUAGCAAUCACCUUCCCUCGGAAUCUCGUGCAAAGGAAUAAGCUUAUAUAACGAUCUGUUCGUAGGUAAAGGUUUCACGUUAACUCUUCAAAAAUGGAACCAGCCAUGGUGGUUUUAUUUCGGUGAUGGAUGUCGUUUGAUGCGAGAUAUCGAAGACUCCAUAAGAAAAGCUGGAUUUAAGUCGGUGAAAUGUCAAUCGUUUGAAGCCCGAAAUGUUGGACCUUUAGUCAAGCCACAUAUCAUGGGAUAUGCUGAAGUUUAACUGACUGUAGUUGAUGAUCAAUUUAAAGGUAUCUAUAUAUAAUAUUGAUAGUGUAUCUUAGUAUUUACCAGAAUGUUAGUACAUUUAAUAAAGGAUUUCAGCUUUCGACUAAAUUUUGAUCUAGGCAAGAAGAACAAAAUCCAUCACCACAGCUAGAAAGAGCAUGUUAAAAUUUGUGAAAUUGCAAAGUUUGGCCGCAAAAUGUUGUAAAAUGAGGAAAAUAUAGCGCUACGAAAUUUGCAAAUUUUGUAUGAAUUUGUAUUACGCGCCGGAAAAUCCACCACUUUCGGCCCAAAUGUGGUGCAAUGUGGUGUACAACUACAUUGCAUUGAAAUAUGGAAGGCUUAUCAUUAUUAAAUAUGAAAAUUCUAUUCAUGUAACCUAUUGCAAAACACUAUAAUUAUAUACAAUUCUUAAAAUAUGUUAUUUACAUAUAAUUUACAAUAAUAAAUAUACAAUCAAUGUCUUUAAAUAUUUGCACAUGCAUUUACAAACGUUUUGGGAUGAAUAAUGUAUACACUUCAGUGCAUACCUAAUAUAAGCUGUAACUCGUAAUAACAGUAUAAUAUCCCACAAAGUUAUCUGAUAUAAAAAUCAUCUUGAAACAAUAGGAUCGCUGCCUGUACGCGGGUUGUACACCAAAACGGGCACACAGGGAUAAGGGUGGGAUAUUGAAUCCCUGACAUUGUUACUCAAGGUUAUAUAUCGCGUGAAUGAUGAACCAAUGUUCAUUUUGACUUCCUCGAUUCUUUCUUCAUAACUGUCGUAGGGUGUUGUGUCUUUAUCAGUCAAGUCCAUCGUAAGAGAUUCUUCAGAAAAACCGUACAUCGAGUUUUUGACUUGUUCAAUACGUUUAUGCUUUGCUCGGCGAUUCUGGAACCACACCUAUAGGUUUACGAAAAUGAUACUGAUUAGUAUGAUUAUUAAAAUGAUACUUUAUUAGGACUGGAGAAAAAGAGCUAAAAAUAUUCUUUGUCUAUUUUUAAACAAGACAUUAACAUUGGCCUCUAAAGUUAUCUGAUGUUGCGCCAAAAUACAUGUUCUUGAAUUUGAGUCACUCAAAAACGAUCUGAUGUUGUACAGAAUUCACUGUUGAGUUAAGUAUGGUUAGAUCAUACAGAGGUAGUACAUGUUCUUUAAUUUGAGUUACUCAAGAAUGAUCUGAUGCUGUACAGAACUCACUGCUGAGUUAAGCAUGGUUAGAUCAUACAGAGGUAGUACAUGUUCUUGAAUGUGAGCUACCUUAGGUUAAAGUGAUCUGAUGUUGUAUAGAACUUACUGCUGAGUUAAGCAUGGUUAGAUCAUAUACAGAGGUAG